UUAACAUUUUCUAUAGACCUAAGAAAAGCUAUAAGUAGUUCAUCCUCCAUCGACAUUUGAUCCAUCUCACUUCCUUCAUACUCAUACAGCAUUUACAUCAAUGGCACCAAGUUCUGCAGUUCUAGAUGAACAGGUUGUUGUUGGAGAAGAGAUAGAGAAUGUGAGAGUGGUAACUUUGAACAGGCCAAGGCAAUUGAAUGCCAUCUCACCAGAACUGGUUUCUCUGCUAGCAGCAUAUUUGGAAAAGUGGGAGAAAGAUGAGAAAGCAGAGCUAAUUAUCAUAAAGGGAGCUGGUCGCGCAUUCUGUGCUGGAGGGGAUUUGAGAGUCUUCUACGAUGGCAGGAAAAUAAAGGAUUCUUGCCUUGAAGUGGUCUACAGAUUUUACUGGCUUUGCUAUCACAUUAGCACAUAUAAGAAAACCCAGGUUGCUCUUGUUCAUGGAAUUUCAAUGGGUGGAGGUGCAGCUUUGAUGGUUCCAUUGAAAUUCUCAGUUGUAACAGAUAAAACUGUUUUUGCCACUCCUGAAGCAAGUUUUGGAUUUCAUACUGAUUGUGGCUUCUCAUACUACCAUUCUCGGUUACCAGGGCAUUUGGGUGAAUACUUGGCACUUACUGGAGGAAGGUUGAAUGGGAAGGAAUUAGUUGCAGCUGGACUUGCAACUCAUUUUGUCUCUUCUGAGAAAAUCAUCGAGCUUGAGAAGCGCUUGAUUAGCUUAAAUUCUGGUGACGAGAGUGCUGUAAGAUCAGUAAUAGAAGAAUUUUCCUCAGAAGUUAAACUUGAUGAAGAGAGCAUCUUAAACAAGCGGUCAAUAAUUGACGAGUGCUUCUCAAAGGAUUCUGUAGAAGAAAUUAUAAAAUCAUUUGAAGCUGAAGCAAACAAGGAGGGAAAUGGAUGGAUAGGUGCAGCUUUAAAAGGAAUGAAAAGAGCAUCACCAACUGCAUUGAAAAUAGCAUUAAGAUCGAUUCGUGAAGGAAGGGAUCAAACACUAUCUGAAUGUCUGGAAAAGGAAUUCAGAUUAACAAUGAAUAUACUGAGAACUACAAUAUCUGAGGAUAUGUAUGAGGGAAUUAGAGCUCUCACCAUUGACAAGGAUAAUGCUCCAAAGUGGGAACCUUCAUCGCUUGAAAAAGUAGAGGAUGGAAAGUUGGACUUGAUCUUUCAGCCAUUUGAUAAGAAUUUGGAGCUUCAGAUUCCACAAAGUGAGGGAUGCAGGUGGGAUGGUAAAUACGAGCAUUCACCUUAUGCUAUUCCAAAUUGAGAAAUACCAACCUCUCUGAAUAGAUGUUGCUUGAACUUCCUCUAAAAAUAUGUCAUGGACUUCUCUUCUUUUGUGAUAUGCAUUUGUUCAAGUACC